AUGAGGGGCUUCGGAUUUGGGGUGCUGCAGACCGCCCCGCUCCGAAGCAGCAGCCCCGGGUCCCUAUUCGGCAGCGGGGCGUACCGUCCCUACGCCACGGGGCCCACCGCGGCCGCCGCCCCGCUGCCCUCCACCACGCCCUUCGGCCCGCUCUCGCCGCCGCCGUUGCCUGUCACCGGCUUCUCGGAGGCCGCCUCCCCCUUCUCUAUCCCCCUCGGCUGCGGCGGCGCGGGCAGCUCAGCUGCCGCCGCUUCCUCUUCCUCCCCGUUCUUGGCGCAUCAGCAGACCAUGCAGGAUGAGCUGCUGCUGGGGCUGACACAGCAGCCGGCGCGGCCAGUCUCGGGGGCGGCGGCCGCGGAGAAACUCCCCAACCACCACCCCGGCGGCGUACAACGUUUGAAUGACCGCCGGCUUUGGUUCAUUGACAUCGAAAAGCGUAUUUUGUUGUCCUUUUUUGAUCCACCUCUUCUGAAACAAUCUCCUUGGAGCAACCAUCAGAGCAGUGGCUGGGGCACUGGAAGCGUGUCGUGGGGAGCAAUGCACGGCAGAGACCAUCGUAGAACUGGAAACAUGGGGAUUCCAGGAACUAUGAAUCAGAUAUCUCCAUUGAAGAAACCAUUUUCUGGUAAUGUCAUAGCACCACCGAAAUUUACUCGCUCUACUCCAUCACUGACUCCAAAAUCUUGGAUUGAAGAUAACGUGUUCAGAACCGACAACAAUAGUAAUACACUCUUACCCUUACAGGUGAGAUCUAGUUUGCAGUUACCAGCUUGGGGCUCAGAUUCACUCCAAGAUAGUUGGUGCACUGCAGCCGGAACAUCCAGAAUAGACCAGGAUCGAAGUAGAAUGUAUGACAGUUUGAAUAUGCACUCUUUGGAAAACUCCCUUAUUGAUAUUAUGAGAGCAGAGCAUGAUCCUCUUAAGGGUCGACUGAGCUAUCCACAUCCAGGAACUGAUAAUCUGUUGAUGUUAAAUGCAAGGAGUUAUGGGCGAAGACGAGGUCGUUCUUCCCUCUUUCCAAUAGAUGAUGGUCUGCUUGAUGAUGGCCAUAAUGAUCAAGUUGGGGUUUUAAAUUCUCCCACAUGCUAUUCUGCUCAUCAAAAUGGAGAACGAAUAGAACGCUUCUCUCGAAAAGUUUUUGUUGGUGGUCUUCCUCCAGAUAUUGAUGAAGAUGAAAUAACUGCUAGCUUCAGAAGAUUUGGGCCUUUGGUAGUAGAUUGGCCUCAUAAAGCAGAAAGCAAGUCCUAUUUUCCACCAAAAGGCUAUGCAUUCCUUCUCUUUCAAGAAGAGAGCUCAGUUCAGGCACUAAUUGAUGCUUGUAUUGAAGAGGAUGGAAAACUCUAUCUCUGUGUUUCCAGCCCCACCAUCAAGGACAAACCAGUUCAGAUCCGCCCUUGGAAUUUAAGUGACAGUGAUUUUGUGAUGGAUGGUUCUCAGCCUUUGGAUCCUCGAAAAACAAUUUUUGUUGGAGGUGUUCCUAGGCCAUUAAGGGCUGUGGAACUUGCUAUGAUCAUGGACCGGCUGUAUGGUGGAGUUUGUUAUGCAGGAAUCGAUACAGAUCCUGAGCUAAAAUACCCAAAAGGUGCUGGUCGAGUUGCUUUCUCCAAUCAGCAGAGCUAUAUUGCUGCCAUCAGUGCUCGGUUCGUUCAACUUCAGCAUGGGGAUAUUGAUAAACGCGUGGAGGUGAAGCCAUAUGUGCUAGAUGACCAGAUGUGUGAUGAAUGCCAGGGCGCGCGCUGCGGUGGAAAAUUUGCUCCCUUUUUCUGUGCCAAUGUCACUUGCCUGCAGUAUUACUGUGAGUUUUGUUGGGCAAAUAUCCACUCUCGCGCAGGACGUGAGUUCCAUAAGCCAUUGGUAAAGGAAGGUGCUGAUCGCCCACGUCAGAUCCACUUCCGCUGGAACUGAGACUAGCACACCGGCCUCCGUGUGACACGGAAAGAAAGGGUGCAUGUGGC